CAUGCGUCUCAACAGUUGGGUCGGUUCCUGCUCCCUCCUAUUGCUCCUGGUCACCCUGCCUGCAUGGGCGGCCAAAGAUGACCCCCUGGAGAAGGUCAUUGAAGGGAUCAACCGAGGGCUAAGCAGUGCAGAGAGAGAAGUGGGCAAAGCCCUGGAAGGCAUCAAUAAUGGAAUCACUCAAGCUGGAAGAGAAGUGGAGAAGGUUUUUAAUGGACUUGGCAACAUGGGGAGCCAGACUGGCAAGGAGCUGGACAAGGGAGUCCAGGGGCUCAACCACGGCUUGGACAAGGUAGCUCAUGGGAUCAACAAUGGUGCCGGACAAGCAGGAAAGGAAGCAGAGAAGUUUGCGCAUGGGGUCAACAACGCCGCUGGACAGGUUGGGAAGGAGUCAGACAGAGUCAUUCAGGGAGUCCACCAUGGGGUCAACCAGGUGGGAAAUGAGGCAGGGAGGUUUGGCCAGGGGGUCCACCAUGCUUUUGGGCAGGCUGGGAACGAAGCAGAUAAGUUAGGUCAUGGGGUCCAUCAUGCUUUUGGGCAGGCUGGGAACGAGGCAGGAAGGUUAGGUCAGGGGGCCCACCAUGCCAUAGGGCAGGCCGGGAACGAGGCAGGGAGGUUAGGCCAGGGGGCCCACCAUGCUUUGGGACAAGCUGGGAACGAGGCAGAUAAAUUGGGUCAGGGCGCCCACCAUGCUUUUGGGCAGGCCGGGAACCAGGCAGAUAAAUUGGGUCAGGGCGCCCACCAUGCUUUUGGGCAGGCCGGGAACCAGGCAGAUAAAUUGGGUCAGGGCGCCCACCAUGCUUUUGGGCAGGCCGGGAACCAGGCAGAUAAGUUAGGUCAGGGCGCCCACCAUGCUUUUGGGCAGGCUGGGAACCAGGCAGAUAAGUUCGGUCAGGGUGCCCACCAUGCUUUUGGGCAGGCCGGGAACCAGGCAGAUAAAUUAGGUCAGGGUGCCCACCAUGCUUUUGGACAGGCUGGGAACGAGGCAGGGAGGUUUGGUCAGGGGAUCCACCACUCUGCUGGCCAGAUCGGGAAGGGGGCAGAGAACAUAGGCCAGGGCGUGCACCAUGCCGCUGGGAAGCCCGGGAAGGAGGCAGAGCAUGUAGGUCAGGGGAUCCACCACGCGGCAGAGCAGGCGGGGAAGGAGGCCGAGCACAUCGGGCAGGGGGUCCACCACGCCUCCGAGCAGGCUGGGAACGAGGGGGGCAGGGUGAUCCAGGGCGCCUACCACGGGGUGAACCAGGCCGGGAAGGAGAUGGAAUCCUUCAGCUCGGACAUUCAUUAUGCUUCCGGGCAGGCCGGGAAGGAGGGAGACAAAUUAGUCCAAGGGGUCCACCCUGGGGUCAGCCAGGCCGGGAAGGAGGGGGAGCGGCUCGGCCAGGGAGUUCACCAUGCCGUUGAACAGGCCGGAAAGGAAGCAGACAAGGUGGUGCAAGGGGUCCACGAAGGGGUCAACCAGGCCGGGAAGGAGGCAGAGAAACUUGGCCAAGGGUUCAACCACGCUGCUGGCCAGGCUGGAAAGGAGGCGGAGAAACUUGGCCAAGGUGUCCACCAGGCUGCUGGCCAGGCCGGGAAGGAGGCGGACAGGUUGCAGCAGAAUGUUCAUAAUGGGGUCAACCAAGCCGGCAAGGAGGCCAACCAGCUGCUGAAUGGCGGUCAUCACGGCGGGUCCACCGGCCAGCACGGAGGGGCCGGAACUACAUUAACAUCUGGAGCUUCGGUCAACAAGCCCUUCAUCAACUUUCCAGCUCUGUGGAGGAGCGUCGCCAACAUCAUUCCCUAGGCUGAGCGCUGGCCUUGCCGGACAGACGGACUUUGUUCUCUCAGCUGAAAUAACCAUGACUGACCGGG